AUGUCACUGAAUACAAUGGCAGUGGCUGCGUACAUUGAUAGCAAUUGGUUCGUGUCGAUACUUUGUACGGCUGUGAGCAGUCUGGUUGGAUGGCCAUUCGCUGCGGUGUUGGGUUUACCCGUAGUGUUGGAGAUGCUGGUGUGCAGACCGAAACGUUUGCUGUUGAAGUUCGUCAACUAUGCGAUUAUGUGCGGU